AUGUUUCGCUUGAUGGCCCUACUAAUUUUGGGGCUUGCAGUAAACCUGAAUAUAGCAAAGAAUCGAAAUUUGAGGCUACGCUGGAGCACUUUCGAAUGUCAGGUGCAUUCCGACUAUAUAUCAGAAUACAAAUGUGAUGUGGUGCAGCCGCGACGCUCAGCUUUCAAUGUGGAACUUAAUUUGCUACAAGAGCUAAAAGCUGUAAAAAUACAUUCUCUAAUAUCCACAACGUAUACGACAGCUGGAAUAUACCAAAAAUUAUUUGAGAACACUCUGAAUGCUUGCCGUGUUAUAUCCCAGGUGUCGCGAAAGGGAAUAAUUUCCAAUAUCUAUAGCUCUAUAAUUAAGGCCACCAAUCAGCCAACGAAAUGUCCAAUAAGCAAGGGCUUGCUUUACUAUUAUAAUAUUAGCGUGGAAGAGGCAAUGCCUAGCUUCGUGCCCGUCAGCCAUCUAAUGACCCAGGUCCACUUCUUUGAUCGGAAUCAAUGUUAUUUGAAUAUUACGCUCGAAGGGACUGUAUCGAAUACCUAA